UGGUCAUCAUUUGUCUUUUACCUGUUCAACUAAAUUGAUAAUAUACGAAAAAGUUAAUUAACUGAAAAUUUUACCUUUUCUUUUCUCUAUACAUUUAUAGUGAUCAACUAAUUCUAAACAAUUAAUAUUCAACAUUGUCCAACAAUCAACAAUAUCAACGAAAAUUGUUAAUCACCUUACCCAAAGUUGCUGUUAAUUAAAUUGUUAAUUCGUGAUAAUAUUUAAUCAUAGAUUGGAGAGAUAAACAAACAAUUGUCAACACCCGAUUUGUGAACGUUAAUCAAUCAAUCGAAAUCAACACAAUCAACAAAUAAUUUAAAACUUUUCUUUCUUACAAUUAAUUGUUAAUCAGAUAAUUAAGGUGUAAUUAGAUUAUUAAUUGUUACCUUAACGUUGUUGAUCAUUGAUCAAGUUUCAUUUUCCUCAAUUAUUGGCCUUUAAUUCAAUUUCUUUGGUGGAUUUUUCAUUCAAUUCUCUUGAUUAAUUCUGGUGGAUUAACUCAUUUGGAUUCAAUUGAGUUUGAUUAACAAUAACAAUAACUAUUAUGAGGAGAUCACAAAUGAUCAUUACCAAAACCAUUGGAUUAACUAUUGUUAUUAAUCAAUCAACUACUCUAAUCCAACAACAACAACAAGGCGAUUCUAUAAGAUCAACAAGUCCUUGAUUAACAUUUUUCGCAAAUCACAAUCAAUCUUGAUAGAUUCAAGCGUGACACCUACAAGUUUCAUCCACAAUUAACAGUCAACAAUCAACUGAUCAUAUUCGCAAUCAUAAUCUAAUCGAAAAUUAAGUUUUACCUUCGUUUUCUUCAUCUUUCUAUCUCUCUCCUUAAUCUUGUCCCUCUAUCGACUUUUCAUCUCAUCGAAAAACGGAUAACGUUCAAUCUGACGAUUUAUCCUCAUAAUCUCAUAUAAUAUAAUCACAACAAUUAAUCAUCAAUAAUUAACCUUAACUUUGACCUAAAUUCAUUGAUCGAAUCCGCAGAAGACAAAAAAAAGUUAUCACUUCUAUUUAGAAAUCAUAAUUAACCAGUUUGAUUGUUGUGAAUACUUUUUUCUGUUGUUUCUGUUGUUUAAUUGCUUACAAUUAAUUUUGAUUAGAGCUGAAAAAAAAACUUCUCUUCAAUUUAUAUUAAUUCACAGUUAAAUCAUCAUCAUCAUAAAUCAUCAUCAAAGUUGAUCAACGAAAAUUAUCAACAAUCAAAACCGCCGAGAACCUUUUUUUUGUGAUUCACCGUAAACUUAAGGCACGACGACGAUACCCAAAAGUCCAACGGUUCACCCGUUACCAGGUCAUCACAAGUGACCCCGUGUGACGUAACGGGAAAGUGUGAACCCAUAGGAAAUCGUUACCGUGAUUGUUGUAACGGUUUAAAUAACCAAUCAGCUGAUCCUGAUAAUCAACCAUCUAAACAGGUAACCAACAUUCAGCAUCACGGAUUAUCAUCAGGAUCAUCAACAAUCAAACCGAUUGAUUUGAGUGGUAAAAAGUUAUCACCACCGUCAACAAAUAACAUCAUGUGUCCACCUCAAGUGACCACCGUUGAUGAAAACAAUCAUGUGGCCGUUGUCUGGCGAAACCUUACCGUUUAUAAACCAAUGGAUCUACUUGACGGUUUCCUGGUUAAAUCCAUGUCCCAUAAAUGUCGUAAGGCCAUUUUACGAAACAUUUCAGGUGUCUUUCGAUUCCAUGAUCUAUCCGCUAUCAUGGGACCUUCAGGUGCUGGUAAAACAACAUUGUUACAAUGCUUAUUUGGUACAUGGUCAGGUCGUUAUAAGGGUAAAAUCUAUCGUAAUCCAUUAGCAAAUAAGGCCUCAUUUAUAACCCAAAAAGAGGAAGAUCACUUGUUCCCUUGUUUAUCGGUUAUUGAAUCCAUUUUUUAUGCUUCCCGUUUAAAGGGUGCUCAAAAUGAGUCCAAGGUUGUUGAAGAGCUUAUUGAUCAACUUGACCUUCGUAAUUGUCGCCAUACUUUGGUACACUCAUGUUCGGGUGGUCAACGUAAACGUUUGGUUAUCGCUCAAGAAUUGGCCUCAGAGGUUAAACCUAAAAUUUUAUUCAUCGAUGAGCCAACAUCAGGUUUAGAUUCAAACGUUUCUUUUACCGUAUUAACUCAAUUGCAAAAACUUUGCAUGGCCCAUGGAAUGGCCAUAAUUGCGACAAUUCAUCAACCCUCAUACAAGAUUCUUAAACUGUUUGAUCAACUUUACGUUCUUUCACGAGCAGGUAAAUGUCUUUACCAAGGUAGACCGGAAGUACUUCGCUCAUAUUUAUCUCAAUUCCAGGUUAAUUGUCCAAAUGGACAUAAUCCAGCGGAUGUUAUCAUUGAUGCCGCUGCGAUAAAUACAGUUUGCCUUUUGGACGAAGAAGAACCAACCGAUUGCUUUAGUCGAAGCCAUCGAUCAUCUCGAUCAUCAUCUAAAUCCUCAUCAGCAGUCGCCAAGUCACAAGUCAAUAAAACGACAACCAAUUUAUCAUCAAAUUCCUGUCACCUUUACCCUUUCACCUCACAUUUUACAACAACAACAAAUAAUUGUCUCAAUAACUGUAAUCACACCAACAAUCAUAAUAAUUGUCUUCAUCUUUCACCACCACCAACAUCCUUCUCAUCUCAUCCAAUUUCAUACUCAUCCUCAUCACCACCAAAUGGACCUGCAAGUCAACAACAACAACGUAAAAAUCACCAACAACAACAACCCAAAGAGUCAACGACAAUUUCAAUAGUAACACCAUUAGAUGAGAAAGAAUUAUUAAAAGUUCGAUUAUUAGAAGAAUCUUCUGCCAAGUUGAUUGAAUUCGAAAUGGAUUCAAUUGAUACCAGUUCAAUGUCUGAAGUUGAAGAAAUGAGAGAAAAUCGGAAUCACCUUAGCCUUCGCCAUAUGAUGUAUCUACUUCGACGUUCAUUUCUCCAUGGUACUUGUCGUGAACCUUUAUGGUUAUUUAUUCGUGUUGGUUUACAUGUAAAUUCAGCUGGAUACUAUUAUCGACCCAAUUGUACGGAGCAAGUUCCACUUUCCCGUCUUCGUGAGGAAUCAAAUAUCGAUAGGAACAUAUCUUACCUAUUUUUCAAUCUACUUUUCCUCAUGUUUGCCGCUCUCAUGCCAACGGUGUUAACCUUUCCCUCUGAGAUAAAAAUCUUUAUGAAUGAACAUCGUAACGGAUGGUAUUCAACCGCCUCCUAUUAUAUGGCCAAAACAUUAACAGAAUUCUGGAUUCAGUUAAUCCUUCCCUACCUCUAUUCCCUAUUCACUUAUUAUACAACCCAACAGAUUGGCCUGAAUUCAUGGGUAGACGCGAUCCCCUUUGCCACCAAGUCAUCAAGAUUUAAUAACUUUGUCUCAAUAUCAAUUCUUGCCUCUUAUAUAGCCCAAGGGGUUGGCUUCUUUAUCGGAGCCAUUUUCACCACCAAUUUUAACAUCUCCAUUUUCGUGGCCACCGUUAUAAUGUUAUUCAAUUUUCUUUUCUCUGGUUUCUUUGUACGAUCCAAUUCAAUGGGUCGAGCACAAUUUAUAACUUACCUUUCCUUUAUACGAUUCGCUUUUGAGGCCAUUCUAUUAACCAUUUAUGGACAGAAAAGAUGCCACUCCGAUGAGAAUGGUGUCCGUCUAAGUGAUUCUGGUUCGUCUUUUGCAUCAAACGAUCAAAGUGAUUCUGAGUAUAAUAAUGUGAUCUCCGUAGUGAUGUUCAAAUUUGAGCUCAAUGAUAAAGAUUAUUCAACCCAUUUUACCGCUCUAACAUUUCACCUUAUCCUUUGGAGGUUGGUGACAUUUUUCAUCCUUUACUGUAAAGUUAAUCCGGAGAUUAAUUUCCGUUUCCCUAAUUUAUCCUGUUUAUCACCAAGGAAAAUUUUCUCAGCCAAAUGCUGUCUCUAUUUUUCAACCCUUGUAAUAAUUAUAUCUUUAGCUUUUAUCAUUUUUUCCGUCUAUUAUUUAAUCACUGAGUGAUUAAUACAAUCUAAAUUUAAAUCGUAAUCUCGUAAACAAAAUCAACACCAUAAUCUAUAAACACACACACACACACAAUACAAUUAAUUACACCAGGAUGAUGAUGAUGAUGACCACCACCUCCACCACCACCACGAUGACCACCACCUCCAUCAAUCUUUGCCCCACUUCCUCCUCCCAAUUGCAGCAUUUACAAUGGAUCCAAAUUUCCCGCGAAAAACUUUUAAUCAAUUAUAUGAGAAACUAAAAAAAAAACCAAUCGACAACAAUUAACAAUUUAAUUAUAUCAAUUGUAAGCAUAAUUAUAAUUUCAAAUUAAUUUGAUUUAAAUGAAAUACACACAAAAAAAUACAUACAUUGUAAUAAUAAUAAUGAGAUAAUAAUUAUAUUGUUUCAAUUGAUUGUUAA